AUGACUUGUGCUGAUGUUGUCCACCUUCCACUUCUCAAUUACAACCUCCUUUCCAAAAUAUAAAUUAUAACCAAAAAAUUAAAGCGAAUUUCAAUUCUAACCAAAUGGCCACCAUGAAUGUUGUUUCAUCUCCAAAUAAUGAAACAAAAGGUGGUUGUACCCGAGCAUGCCAAUAUCUAAAGUCCUUGCCUAAGAGUGUAAAGGACAAUGUUGUCAACUUUACCCUCGAGGCCAAAAAAUUAGGGCAAGAUGAUCCUAGAAAGAUUUAUCAUGCCUUAAAAGUCGGCUUUGCUAUAACAGUUGUUUCUUUGUUCUAUUACUUCCAAGCUCUCUAUAAUGGAUUUGGUGUCUCUGCUAUGUGGGCUGUUAUCACUGUUGUUGUCGUUUUUGAGUUUACAGUUGGAGCAACCUUGGGAAAAGGUUUAAAUAGGAUGAUCUCCACUUGUGUGGCAGGGUUUCUAGGGGUGGUGGCCCAUUACUUGGCUGAUCUUUCAGGGGAGACAGGGGAACCUAUUUUACUUGCUCUCUUUGGCUUCAUAGUAGCUUCUAUACUUACAUUCAUGAGAUUUUUUCCAAAGUUGAAGGCAAAAUAUGAUUAUGGACUGAUGAUCUUCAUCCUAACCUUCGCUUUGGUGGCGGUUUCGGGAUAUCGGGAUGAUGAGGUGAUAAAGAUAGCCCAACAAAGGCUGGCCACGAUCUUGAUAGGAAGUUGCAUUGCCAUGCUUAUUUGCAUACUUAUUUCCCCUGUUUGGACAGGAGCUGAACUCCACAAUCUCAUUGCUUCCAACAUGGAAAAACUUGGCAAUUUCUUAGAAGGAUUUGGAAGUGAAUAUAUGACAACAAAGGACGAAAAGUCAAAAGAGGAGAAGUCUUUUCGUCAACAAUACAAAAGUGUACUAGGUACCAAAAGCACCGAAGAGACCAUGGCAAACUUUGCAUUUUGGGAGCCUAGCCAUGGCAAGUUUAAAUUCCGUCAUCCAUGGAAGCAAUACCUUAAAAUUGGAGCCUUAAUUCGAAAGUGCGCCUAUAGUAUUGAUGCUCUCAAUAACUACCUUAACCCCGACAUCCUACAAAUGCAGACACCAGAAGAAAUCGAAGAAAUGAUGAGAGAAGCAUGCAAAAAAUUAAGCAACGAAUUAGGCAAAGUACCAAAGGAGGCAGCUAUAGGGUUAAAGAAGAUGAGGAAGACAUCAACACCAAAAACACAAUUAGCCGAAACAAAAGAAGCAGCUAAAGAGCUAAAAAGGUUGUUACAAGACACAAGUGUUUGGGAAAAAAGCAAUCUCUUAGAUGUUUUACCAGCAGUAACGGUAGCAUCGAUACUAAUCGAUAUCGUUGAUUGUGUAGAGAGCAUAACAGAGGCGGUACACGAAUUAGCUUCCAUGGCGGAUUUUAAGACCAUGGACAAUGAAAUAGUCUGCCCUGAAAAAGAGCUCUCCCAGAUAGUUGUUGUUGGGGAUGUCACUGAUAUUGACACUCAUGUUCCUGAUCAUCAGAAAGUGACAACUUCAUCAGCUGAAUCAGAAACCAAAACUUCUCACUAAAAAAAAAUUAUAUUGUAUGCAUAUUCUACGUCCGUACUAUCAAGAUGCACGUAUAGUAGAUUAGUAGCUGUGUAAAUUGUCAGUUAUCCACUUUCUUUUUUUUUUUUUUUUUGUUGGCAAAGUGUAUCCACUAUCCAGUUAUAUACUUACAUACAAUUACUCGGCUACAAAUAAUUAAGAAUAACUUAGGUUGAGUUGAAACAUUACUCAUUCUUAUGAUCAUAGUCUGUAUAAUUACACAUAUAAACAACAAAAACACAUAAUAAUAUAUGAUUAUGUAUCAUGCACUUCGAAUUCACAGUGCAUUAUAAUGUUUCUAUAAUCAUAUUUAUGUUUCUA